CUGACAAAGCCCUGGUGAACGUCGCCAAGACAACUUGUGAAAAAGGUCGUGCUUGUCCCAGGCCGGGUCAACUCUAGAGGCAACUUGGAGUCAGAGGUGCUGGCUGCUGGCCCUGCUGGGCUUAGGGUCAGCUUUGGAGGCUGGUGAGGCGGUCUGCAGGACCAGGAGGUGCCAGGCAGGUCUGGGCUCCCUGGGAGUUGGCGCACAGGUCAGCAGCCUGUGCUGGAGGGGGAAUGGGGCUUCAGGUGCAGCCUCGCCUCGCGCCAGCGCCAUGACCUUGGGCGAGUUACUGCCUCAGAGCACUGGUGUCCUGUCUGUAAAAUGGAGAUAAUGACGGUUCCUACCUCACGGGUGUUGAAGAUGGUAUCUGUAAGGAUGACACAGGUCUGGCACAGGGGAGGUGUUCAAUAAAAGGCAGCUGUGAUUCACGUGUGCUCAGACUCCCUCGCAGUUGCCUGCUGUGGUCUGGUGAGGGCUGGAAGGUUUAGGUGACCUUGGUUGGGGGUGAGGGCUGGGUCUAGGCUGGGGCCUGAGGACCUCUCUGCUGCCAAGACCCCUCUAUCCAGGAUGGCCAUCGCAGCCCCCCUGGGGCAAGCAGGCCGGCCUCAGGCCUGUAACUCUGGCGUGGAACUCAUUGACGCAGGGCCGGUAAAGGUCUUCCUAGCUUUGCUCUGGCCUUGCUUGCUCUCCUCCGGCUGGGGCCUGGUGCCCCGAGAGUCAGCCUUUUCUCUCUCACAACAAGCACUGGUAGGAGGGGACAGAAACCCUCCUGAGGCUGCUCCCCAGAUGAAGGAGUGGGUCUCUACACUCAGACUCCGGCCCUGCCCCACCCUGGCCCUGGAGACGGAGGAGCCCACUUGCCCAGGUGCCAACCCAGAGGCCUCCUCCCCAGCCACCCAGCACCCAGCUCCAAGGUGGAGGCAGCCUGGCAUGUGGCUUUCAAGGGCUGUUUCCUGGAACAAGCCGCAGCCCUUCCAGUUUGUGCUGGGGCUUGGGGUGCUCCUCAGAUUGGCCAAGCACUUCAGUCGGGACUGGGUGGUUCAGUCACUCUGGCACCAGGCGGUUGCGAAAGGCCCUAUGCUGGGGGACACAGCUCUUAGAUUUGCUGCUGCUGCUCCGGGGCCCACUCCCUGCUUCCUAGACCUCAGCAGCCCCUCCAGGCCCCCCCCUCCAGUAUUGCACGCAGCCUCUGACAUUGAGGUCUCCUGGGGGCCCCUCUAGGUCCAGGCAGGGAGAGCAGGGCCGGGUGGGUAGGUUAGACCCAGAUGGUGAUGGCUGGAGAGAAUGUCUUCCUGUGUGUUGAGCCCCCAUCAUGAGGGUGUCAGUGACUCCAUGUAUGUUUAAGGUGUCUCAUUUCCCGGACAGGUGGUUGGUCUGGGUAUGGGUGUGGGGCUUGGCUGGAGCGGAGGCGGCUGGGAGGAACCAGGGAGGAGCUUGGGACUAGCUGGGACAUCCCUGGCUCUGGGUUAAAAAGCUGACAGUCCUCAGUCCUGCAGGCACAGCCCGUCAUUCUUGCCUCCCGAGGACUCCACCCUAUGGCUCUGGUAAGAUACGGUUGGGCACUGGUCCCUCUGGGGCCGACUUAAUGCUGUUUUUUAAGGGAGUUGUGAGUUUCUCCAGGCAUUUGCUGGCCUUGGACCAGGGAUGGGAGCAGAAGCCCGGGAAGGGGCAGGGUCUUGGGAUGAAGGGUCAUCCUGAGUUCUUUCUGCCCUAGAGAUGGGCUCCAGGCAGAACUCCCUGGCACCACAGACUUGGACCCUGAGAACUCAGGCUCCCAGCUGCUGUCCUGGGGCCCCAGAGGAAGUGGCUGCUCCAGUGUUCCUUGUGACUCAGUUGCUUUGGGUGUUGGGGCCCCAGGGCUGACACUGAUGGAUGAGCUUCCCCAGCUCUGCCCCUGGACUCCAUCUGUCAGAGCCUUUCUGAGGCAGGGCCGAAGGCCAAAAGGAAGAAUUGGUUGGCGCAGGGUCUACAUCCCCAUACCCAGAGUCAUGGGUUUGGAUGGGGCCACCUGGGGUCUAUCUUUAGCCUGAACUUGUAGGACCUGGAAGAUGGGACAACCUGUGGGUGAUCUGAACUGGUAACUGCCAUCCUAGCCUAGCGGAGAGCCCUUUCCAGAACUGUCCCCUGGCCAGGGGUGGAGAGUACAGGAAGCAGCUCAACCAGGGGCCCUGACAUACCUCUCCGUCUCCCUCUGUAGCCUUAUGUCCACACCCCUCCACCACACUGGGACCCCCCUCCACCCAAGACCAGCCUCAAGGCUGCUUAGAAAAAGGGAGCCGGGGACGUGGAAUGGCAAGAGUAAGGAUACCAUACCAGGAACUGGAAGCAGGGAGGUGUCGGGUGAGAGCUCCAGUCAAGCUAGCCCGGUCCAGUCCUGGCCCUGGACCUCAGGGAAGCAACGACUUCGCCUUUCUGUGCCUCUCUUUCCUUGUGGGGUUGGUCAUGAUAAGUAGUCCCCACGCACAGGGUGGUUGUGUGAUUAAACUGAAUUACUUUACAUAAAGCCCUGGACCAGAGGCGGCCCGGAGUGUUGUGUAAGUGUCGACAGGCGUCAUUAGGAGAUACUGUGGCCUCAUUUUGGCUCACAGCUGGUGGGUGGAGGACAGGUCUUUGGCUGGGCAGGGCAGGUCCUUUGAUUUGGGAUUAGGCCUCAGGGUGUCACCCCAGCCUCCCCUUUGGCCCUUGUUGCUUUGGGGCCCAUCAGCCUGCAGUAAGCCUGUUUCUCCCUCCCUCCUCAGCAGACAAAGGUACCCGGGACAUGCUUGCUCACCAUUCGUGUCCUGCAGGCCCGUGGCCUGCCCUCCAAAGACUUAGGUCCCCUGCUGGAAGAACAUGGGCUCCGGGCAGCUGGACUGGGAAGGACUCUUGGCCCUCACUGGGCACUCGUUCUUCUAUCCCACAGUGACCCCCUCUGACUGCUAUGUAACUCUGUGGCUGCCCACAGCCUCCAGCCACCAGCUUCAGACACGCACGGUCAAGAACAGCAGAAAUCCCAUCUGGAAUCAGAGCUUUCACUUCCGAAUCCACAGCCAGCUCAAGAACAUCGUGCAACUCAAAGUCUUCGACCAGGACCUCCUGACCAAGGAUGACACCCUGUUGUCGGUGCUGUUUGACGUGGGGACUUUGCGGACGGGAGAGUCCCGGCGCGAGACUUUCUCACUGAACCCUCAGGGCAAGGAGCAGCUGGAAGUUGAAUUUCGGCUUCAGAGUCUGACAGACUGUGAGCAGCUGGUCAGCAAUGGCAUCCUGGUGGCCCGGGAGCUCUCCUGCUUGCAUGUUCGACUGGAGAAGGCAGGGGAUCAGAAGGGGUCAGAGGGCAGAGUUCAGCUAGUGCUUCCUGGGUCCCGUGAAGGUCCGCAGGAGGCCUCGGUGGAAGCCGGCUCCUUCUGCUUCCAUUGCCCGGCCUGCUGGGAGCAGGAGCUGAGUGUUUACCUGCAGGACGCCCCCCAAGAGCGACUGAAGGUGCCCCUGAGGGCCCUGCCCUCUGGCCAAGUGGUGAGACUCGUCUUCCCUACGUCCCAGGAGCCCCUGAUGAGGGUGGAGCUGAAAAAAGAAGAAGGACCGAGGGAGCUGGCCGUGCGGCUGGGCUGCGAGCCCUGCGCCGAGGAGCGGGCCUUCCUGAGCAGGAGGAGGCAGGUGGUGGCCAGGGCCCUGAAGCAGGCCCUGCAGCUGGAUGGAGACCUGCAGGAGGACGAGAUCCCAGUGGUAGCUGUUAUGGCCACUGGUGGUGGGAUCCGGGCCAUGACCUCCCUGUAUGGGCAGCUGGCCGGCCUGAAGGAGCUGGGCCUCUUGGAUUGCAUCUCCUACAUCACAGGGGCCUCUGGCUCCACCUGGGCUUUGGCUAGCCUCUAUGAGGACCCAGAGUGGUCUCAGAAGAACCUGGCAGGGCCCAUUGAGUCACUGAAGGCCCAGGUGACCAGGAGCAAGCUGGGCGUGCUGGCCCCCAGGCAGCUGCAGCGGUAUCGGGAGGAGCUGGCUGAGCGUGCCCGCCUGGGCUACCCGAACUGCUUCACCAACCUGUGGGCCCUCAUCAACGAGGCACUGUUGCACGGCGAGCCCCAUGACCACAAACUCUCAGACCAGCGGGAGGCCCUAAGUCGUGGCCAGAACCCUCUGCCCAUCUACUGUGCUCUCAACACCAAGGAACGGAACCUGACUACCUUUGAAUUUGGGGAGUGGUGCGAGUUCUCCCCCUACGAGGUCGGCUUUCCCAAGUACGGUGCCUUCAUCCCCGCUGAGCUCUUUGGCUCCGAGUUCUUCAUGGGGCGCCUGACAAAGCAGCUUCCUGAGUCCCGCAUCUGCUUCCUGGAAGGUAUCUGGAGCAACCUGUAUGCAGCCAACCUCCAGGACAGCUUAUAUUGGUCCUCAGAGCCCAGCCAGUUCUGGGACCGCUGGACACAGGAUCAGGCCAGCCUGGACAAGGAGCAGGUUCCCCUUCUGAAGAUAGAAGAACCUCCCACAGUGGCUGGCAGGAUAGCUGAGUUUUUCACUGACCUUCUGACGCGGCGUCCACUUGCCCAGGCCACCCACAAUUUCCUGCAUGGCCUCUUUUUCCACAAGGACUAUUUCCAGCAUCCUCACUUCUCUUCCUGGAAAGCCACCAAGCUGGAUGGCUUCCCCAACGAGCUGACACCUGCAGAGCCCUACCUUUGCCUGCUGGAUGUUGGCUACCUUGUCAACACCAGCUGCCCACCCCUCUUGCGGCCCACACGGGACGUGGACCUCAUCCUGUCACUGGACUACAACCUCCAUGGAGCCUUUCAGCAGCUGCAGCUCCUGGGCCGGUUCUGCCAGGAGCAGGGCAUCCCGUUCCCACCCGUCUUGCCCAGCCCAGAGGAGCAGCGCCAGCCCCGGGAGUGCCACCUCUUCUCCGACCCCGCCUGCCCCGAUGCCCCCGCCGUGCUGCACUUCCCGCUGGUCAAUGCCUCAUUCCGGGAGCACUCGGCCCCAGGGGUCCGACGGACAGCCGAGGAGCAGGAGGCUGGGGAGGUGAACCUGUCUUCAUCCGACUCCCCCUACCACUACUCGAAGGUGACCUACAGCCAGGAGGAUGCAGACAAGCUGCUCCGCUUGACGCAUUACAACAUCUGCAACAACCAGGAGCGGCUGCUGGAGGCCCUGCGUGAGGCCGUGCAGCGGCGGAGGCAGCGCCAGCGGUGCCGGCCCGAGUGAUGGGCGGGGAGGCUGCUGUGCCCUGGCCUGCGGCUCUAGCCUGGCCCCCAUGGCCCCUGACUCCUUUUUUAGGCUCACUCUCUGGCCGCCUUGCUUCUCCAGUUGAGUAGGGGUGGAGACCAUCAUUGACAAGUUCCAGAGCUGCUGGGAGUUUGGACGGCGCAUUUGUGGUACCCAGCACCGCAGCCACGGCCCUGAAGCCGACACCCUUGGGUAGGGCGAGGAUCUUAAACAGGGGCUGGGCCCUCUCUCCUCCGGUUUUGGUCUCCAUGCUGUGGCCAGAGAAAAUGCAGACGUUCUGUGGCAGCGGGGGGAGAGUGGAGCAGGAUUGGCCAUAUUUGUAAGAGCACAGAGGCCGGGGCCUGUGUGUGCUUUCCCUUCCUGGCUACCUUGAGUAGCUGUGCAGAGUGAAAUAGAGUACUUCUUGUAUUACAGAGGCUCACACAACCACGAGGCGUUAUGGAGAUUACUGUCACUGCUGCCAAGAGGGACAUGUAUCAUUCCAGGCUCUCAGUUACACAUGCUGAGAACUGGUUUAGAAAACAAAACAUCUCUGGCAGCUUACAGAGCUGGCAAGUCAGCUUGGUUGGGCUUCCCCAGGACUGCAGUGUCUGCUCCACUCAGGCCAGAGAGGAAGCCAGUUCAGGCUGGUGGCCUUGCGUCUGCAGGCCUAGCCCUGCUCUGGGGAGCAGACUCACAGGCCAUGAUGGCCAUCACUCCUGUCCUCCUCACCCAGGGACUCAAAGGGCUACUGUCUGUCUCGUGGUAGGGGUGUCCAGACCUGGGUCCAGAGGAGCCAAGGAAAGAGGCCAGUGCUAACUUUGUGACUUCAGCAAGCUGUGACAUUGGUGGGGCCUGUCUUCUAACAAGGAACUGUCUAUUCCAGAAGUUGGUCCUGAGGGGCCUGGUAGCUGAGUCUCCUGGUCCCCUCAUGGGUGUCCUCACUUGUAGCCCUCAGGUUUGGUGCCACAGGGUUUUUGCUUCAGGGCCCAGACCUGUUGGGAAAAUAGGGAAGUGGAGUGCAUUUAGGGCAUAGCUGCCCCAGAAUCUUCUAGUACUGGUGCCCUAAGCCUCCCUUGGAAAACCGCACCUGCUCCUAAUAUUGAUGUGGGAUGAGGACGCUGGGAGCUGAGAGGCACAAGUGACCGUUACAUGUGGGAUGGAUGGGAGAUGAUUGGGUCUCAUGACCCCACUCACUGCAUCUGUCUGCCCUGGGCAUGUGGCUAGACUCAGAGCAGAAUGAAUGGCAGACCUGAUAACCUUAGAAGCCACUGUAUCCAGGACAAGGCCUGUUCACGGAACAGCACAUCAUCUGAAUCAUAAAUUGGAACCUGUGGCCCUUCAGGAGCAGGUGGACAGUUACACCAGAGACCACAGCUGUGGCUGCAACCCGUUUUGAUGUGACUGCUCCCUCAGGUACGGGCCUGUGUGUGUCUCUGUGUGCUGCAUCGGUGUCUGUAUGUCUGCUGUGCGUGUGUGCCUCGGUGAAAUCCACUCCCAGCCUGUCUGGGACAGUAAGGCUCCCUUCCCCCUUGGAGCAGGGACCUGGUCCUUGGACUGGGGAAAGCACAGGAGGAUGGAGGCAAGGGUGCAAGAGGGGUCUAGCUGUCCUGUCAGCAGUGCCCCAUCUUGAAGAGGAAGGAGUGGAGGAGGCCGAGAAGGGAGGUGUGUGGGGCCCCGGGCAGGCUUCCUGGCAUGUGCCCUUACCGUGGGUCUGGCCUGGUGGGACAGCCACUAGGAGCCUGGUGCACUUUCCUUUACGGGGCCAGCCACCUGCGGAAGCUCCUCGGGCUGCAGGUGGCUGUCAGUGCACACGGGCAUCUCCCUCAGUGAGGAGGGCAGGGGACAGCCAUGGAAUCUGUGGGGAAAGGGAGCCUCAGGGUCCGGACUCUGUUGCCUCUUAUGAGAGUCGGGGUGGAGGUUGGCCCCACACCCUCCAGCGUAGGUCUGAGUCCUGGGACCUUGGGCUUAGGAGGGCAGCGUCUGUGCCUGUCGUGGGGGCUCAGGACUCCCACCCACACACCCGGGUGCCCUACCUGAGCGGAGCGGCCGUGCUGGGCCCCCUCGCAGCAGCCUGCUCAGCCGGGAAGCCCAGGGGUCCAGCUCGAAGUUCUGGGCUCAGACUAGGUGCUGCAGAGCAAAGAAGAACACAGUCAUCCUGGGCUGGAUGCUCGGCUGCAGCCUCCCUGCCACGGCCUCAGUGUUCAUGUCCUCCUCGACCUCAUGUGUUGAAAUCCUAACCCCAAGGUGAUGGUAUUAGGAGGAGAGGCCUUCAGGAGGUGAAUCUGGUCCUGAGGGUGGAGCCCUUAUAAAAGAGACCUCAGAGAGCAACCUCCCCCCUUCUACCCUGCGAGGACACAGCAAGAAGGCGACAUCUGCAGCCUGCAGGAGGGCACUUACCAGACACCCAGCCUGCCGGCGCCUUGUCCUUGGACUUCUCAACGUCCAGAACUGUGAGAAAUAAACAUCUGUGGUCCAUAA